CCCCACAAUCCCUUGCGCUUCCUUUUCCAGCAGCGCCUCCGAUCAUGGCGGACGUGGUUGCGGAGCAGGUAUCGGACCAGAAAACAGUCCCGGACCGGGAGCUGAACGGGGAGGCGGAGGACAGGGAAGACGCCGACCCGGUGGAGGAGACGGCGAAAAAGAAGAAGAAAAAGAAGAAGAAGAACAAGUCUGCGACGGCAGGCGCUGAGGCGGAGGCAGAUGGGGUGGCCGAAGUGACCAAACAGCUGGAGAAGCAGGCGGUAGAAGACAAGGAGAAGGAGGAGGAUGGCGAGGAAGAUGGAGAUGAUGGCGAAAACGCGGCAGGGAAAAAGAAGAAGAAGAAAAAGAAGAAGAAAGGACCCAAAUCUCAGACUGAUCCCCCGUCUGUGCCCAUCUGUGAGUUAUACCCAAACGGGGUAUUCCCCAUCGGACAGGAGUGCGAAUACCCCGCCUCACAGGAUGGUCGCAGCGCGGCGUGGCGUACGACCAGCGACGAGAAGCGGGUGCUGGAUAAGGCCAACGAGGAGGUGUGGAACGACUUCAGACAGGCAGCCGAGGCCCACAGACAGGUUCGCCAACACGUCCGCAGCUUCCUCAAGCCCGGCAUGACCAUGAUCGAAAUCUGCGAGCGGCUGGAGGACUGUUCUCGCAAGCUGAUAAAGGAGAAUAGGCUGAACGCCGGCCUGGCCUUCCCCACCGGCUGCUCCUUGAACCAUUGUGCUGCCCACUACACUCCCAACGCCGGCGACGCCACCGUCCUGCAGUACGACGACGUCUGCAAGAUCGACUUCGGCACGCACAUCAACGGGCGAAUCAUCGACUGUGCCUUCACCGUCACAUUUAACCCAAAGUAUGACAAGCUGCUGGAGGCUGUGAGAGACGCCACCAAUACUGGAAUCAAAAACGCCGGCAUUGAUGUGCGCCUGUGUGAUGUCGGAGAGGCGAUUCAAGAGGUGAUGGAGUCCUACGAGGUGGAGCUUGAUGGCAAAACAUAUCAAGUGAAGCCAAUCCGAAACCUGAACGGUCAUUCAAUCGGUCAGUACAGAAUACACGCUGGAAAGACCGUGCCCAUCGUUAAAGGAGGGGAGGCCACGAGAAUGGAGGAGGGAGAGGUUUAUGCCAUCGAGACAUUCGGCAGCACAGGUAAAGGCGUGGUCCACGAUGACAUGGAGUGCUCUCAUUAUAUGAAAAACUUUGACGUUGGCCACGUCCCCAUCAGGCUGCCCAGAGCGAAGCACCUGCUGAACGUGAUCAACGAGAACUUCGGCACGUUGGCGUUCUGCCGACGCUGGCUGGACCGCCUGGGCGAGAGCAAGUACCUGAUGGCCCUGAAGAACCUGUGCGACCUGGGCAUCGUGGACCCCUACCCUCCGCUCUGCGACACCAAGGGCUGCUACACCGCUCAGUUCGAGCACACCAUCCUGCUCAGGCCCACCUGCAAGGAGGUGGUGAGCCGGGGAGACGACUACUGACACCCCCAACCCUGCGACCAGACCACAACCCAGAACCCUCCCGCCCCACCAACACCCCCAACCACCACCACCCAGCACCUCCAGACCCUGUUAGCAACUCCUCUUUCAGAGAAAUGGCAGAAAAGAGCUUGUAACACAGGAAGCGGUUGUCUCAGAGCAGCAGUGAAUGAUGCCAAAUGCUACUGUAUUCUACCUAAAAUGCACCACUCACAGCUUGAAAGGAAGACGGACUGGCUUUCUGAGUUUUCUGUCAUCUUACCACAGCUAAAGAAAUCGUAAACAAGCCAACAUGUUUUUUGUUGGAGGAAGCAGUGUAGUUCUCCUCAAUGUCCUGUGGACCUCAUUUUACAAAGAAUAAAAAAGGUAACUGUUAAACAGUUCAAAACGUUGACGCUGAAUUUAGUGCAACCCCAGUACUCAUACAGAUGGUGAGGGUGGGAAACCCCUUGAUUACACGCCCCCCCCCUCUCCCCUCCCCGGCCUUUCAUUUUCAAAGUUUCUCUGGCUCCGCUCUGAACCUCCAGUACUUUAGGGCUUGAGUUAAAUUAAGCACAAAUGCUACUGAUGGGGUUUAAUAGGUGUUCAGGCCUGUGCAUGGCCAGAAAACUCUGCAAACAGACAAUUCCUAACACACAAAGCCCGGGGACGCCGUAGUAACAAACACCAUCUUCAUACAGACACCGUGCAUCUGCAGCUGUAUGUUUGGCUUCUUCUGUCGCUACGGGGGGCACUCUGCAGUCACUUUCUUUGGUAUUUGUAAAAUAUCUUUGAAAUGGCUGCUGCCACUGUGUGUUCCCAAUUAAAAAUGCUUCAUUUUGAACUCCC